CAUUCCCAUUAGUUUUUUGUGUUCGUGGAGUGGUGUUUGCGUUUGGAUUUCGAUUCUUUCGAUUGUUCCGGUGAAUUUUGUGUUUUGUGUGAAAAAUCGCAAGUGCACCGUGUGCACGUCAGUGUUCUGAUUGUGCAAGCCAGUCGUCUCCCUUGGAAUAGUGGAAAAUAGUGAACAAAUGAUGUUUUUACUGUAACAUUUGCAGCAUCCGGAGGUCUAAUGUCUUUGGAUAAAUUGGCAGUGACAGCUGGAGAAAUGGCUUCCUCGGCGGAGAUUGAGGAUUUCUUGCACGGUGCUCUCGUUUCUUGGAUUGAAUCAUGCAUACCUCGACCAGAAAUCCUGUCAGGCUAUCAAUCUCUACUCGACGGGAGCAUCGUGCACAGUAUUUGGCUACAAAUAGACCCAGAACCGCCGAAUCACCUCAUCUCGUUAGCAGGAUUAGAGGGAGUCAGCUUAGCCAAUGGCAGAGCAAAAAAUUUCGACGCGAUCAUUCGGAACUUGAAACUACUCUACGAGGAAGAAUUAGGGCAGACAAUCCUUGUAUUGCCCGAUUGUUUCACAUUAGGAUAUUUCCCAGAAUCAAAAGGUGGAUUGGAACAAUUAAAGAUUUUAAUAACGUUACUGCUGGGUGCAGCAGUGCAAUGUCCUAACAAAGAAAUUUUUAUUGGACGCAUUAAAGAGCUUAACGUCGAAACGCAGCACAAAAUUGUAGGAUUAAUUAAGCAAGUAACAGAUAGCCAUAGUUUAGUUUUAACGCAAGAAUCUCUAGAGGCGCUUCCCCCGAGCACUAUGUAUAGUCACAUUAUCACCCUAACAAGAGAACGCGAUUCCUAUUACUCAAAGUGGAUAUCUUCACUAACAAACGAGCCAGACGCAGCCAAUUCUGGCUCGGCUUCAUCUCCUAACGCUUCCAGUUUGUCAGCAAGUGGAAUAUCACUUUCGCCUUCUUCCACGGAGAGUAAUCAUAUGGCAGUUGAACUUGCAGAUCUAAAAUCAAGAAUUCGUAAGCUACGUCAAGAAUUGGAGGAGAAAAGUGAAGCCUUCAUUGAGGUGAAGGAAGAGUUGGAUCACAAAAUCAGUCAGUAUGAGAAACUUCGCACCGAGAGUCACGAAUGGUAUCAAGAGUCAAAAAAAGCUACUGCAUAUCGGGAUGAGGUGGAUAUCUUGAGAGAAAGGGCGGAACGUGCAGAUAGGCUAGAAGUGGAGGUUCAAAGAAUCCGGGAGAAACUCACGGAUGCAGAAUUUUACAAAACUAGAGUAGAAGAGUUGAGGGAGGAUAAUAGGAUGUUAUUGGAAACUAAGGAAAUGCUAGAGGAGCAAUUGCAACGUUCUAGAAAGCGAAGUGAACAAGUUAUGACGCUUGAGUCGGAAAUUAUCAGAUAUAAGCAGAAGUUAAAUGAUAUGUCUUUGGAGCGGGAUAUAGAUAAGAACAAACUUCAAGAACUCCUGGAGGAAAACGCCCAAUUGCAACUAGCAACGAAAACCAUGACCACGUCUCUUGAAGAUGACAAAUACUCCUCUGAGAACGAAGAAUGUAACUCCGGUGACAACAGUCUUUCCGAACAGCUAACAAACAAUGCACAAACUAGAGUUUUAAAAUUAGAAUUAGAGAACCGACGUCUUUUGGCAGCUCUCGAACAACUUAAAGAAUCCUCAUUUCAUGAAUCUACUAAUAAAAUCUUAGAAUUAGAGAAGGAAAAGAAAAAGCUCACUUUAAUGCUAGAUCAGACGCAAGAAAAUUACAAUAGAGUAACUCAACAAAACAAAGAAUUGGAAGACGUUUUUCAAAAUGCUUUGGAAGAAAAUAAAAAACUUCAAGAUGUUAUUGAUGCUCGACAGAAGGCCCAGGAAAGGCAAAAUCAAGACCGAGAGGUGGAACGGGCGAAAAUUGCCAACCUGGAAAGUCAUGUUGAUUCGUUGAGUAAGGAAAAACAACGGAUACAAUCUUUGUUCGAAAGUAUACAAAGGAGGGCCGACGACAUGGAACGUCUUCUUGAGGCGAAAACUAAAGAAGUAGAAUCGUUAGAACCAAAAACGGUGGAAUUAGAUAAUGCAAAGAGUGAGAUAUAUGACUUACAAGUUAAAAUUGGGAACAUAGAAAAGGAAAAUCUCACCCUGUCGAAGGAAGUUAACAAAUUAAAGGAAAGUGUGGAGGCAAAAUCGGUUCAACUAGAUGAAUGUGUUAUUCGAAACGAGGUGCAGUCAAAAGAACUCACUAAACUACAGAAGGAGUUAGAGGAGUCUUCACUCUCAACACAGAAAAUACAAGAGUUGGAGAAACAGAACCAGGAUUUAUUGUCACAGCAGAAAAUUGAUCAGGAAACUAUUAAUACCUUACGAGAGGAUUUAGUUACUGGUACUCUUGCCACAAAUAAAGUUAAACAUAAUUUGGAAAAACUUGGAUUGGAUGAUUCUGAAAUAGAAAAUUCGGACUUGAACGUUGAGCAUGUAGUGGAAAAGUUAGUGAAAAAUCCUGAGACAUUUAAAACUGUUUGUGAGGUUAUGCUGAAUUGUACAAAACCAAACACAAAAUCAGAUAUGUGUGUGUUAUGCCACAGACAGGAGAUAUUCACGGUCGAGAAGAAUAUAGAAAUAUCGGAUGCUAGUGAAGAAGUUACGAAUCAACUGACUGUCGAAAGUGAUGGUUUGAAGUCAAAGGAGCAAUCUGAACAGUUACGUGCAAGCAACAUGUCAUUACAAAGUGACAAUGACAUUUUGCGGGGGGAGAACGCCAGGUUAAAUGUUGACGUAUCUACGCUAAGUUCACAAAUUACUUCGCUCAAUACACAGCAUGUAGCGCUUCAACUUGCCAACUCACAACUAGCAGCGGACAAGGAUGCCUUAAUGAAGCAAAUAGAAUCGAUGAAGCAAAACCACAAAGUAGUUCUACAGGACCAAGUGACCUUACAGUGCCUACACGACCAACUUAGUGUCGAAUAUGAGUCUUUAAAUAAAGAUAAAGAAGCCUUAAAGUCGGUUGUACGAGACCUUCGAAACGAAAAUCGUGAUUUGAAGGAGAAAACAGCGGGUCUUGAAAAGAAGUUGGCCGAUCUGCGAACAGAAAUGACAACAAUGAAAUCAAGUACGGAUGAUCUAGCUAUUUUACGGGCAGAACAUUCUAAACUCACUGACGACUUUAGAAACUUAUUUGCUACAAGUGACCGCUUUAAAAAUGAGUACAAAAAUAUUCAGGAACAAUACAAAAUGCUUAGAGCUGAGCACGGACGACUCAAACUGCAGAACACAGAAUUGACCGGGGAGCUGAAUAUAAGGAUAGAUCAGUUGAAUAGUUUAGAAAUCGAAUACGCAAAAGUAGUGCAACGUUGUGAUAUGCUCUUGCAAAUGAAUUCAAACCUAGAUACUGAUCGCAAGACGUUGAUGGAUAACGUUUCACAAUUAUUAACCCAAUACCAUGAAUUGCUUACACAUUCAUUAGAAGAUAAACAGCAUUAUCAUGACGAAGAGAAAAACUAUACGGACAGGGUGAAUAGCUUAAACAGGCAGAAGGAAAAAUUGGAGGAAAAGAUUAUGGAGCACUACAAAAAGUCGGAAAGCUGUGCUCCCAAAAAGAAAGCGUUUGGCAGUAGUUUCGUUAAGCGAGUCAAAAAAGCCAGCACAGAUCUCAUGAAUAAAGUUCCGAGUCGGCAUCGACGCUCUUGGAUUGAUGACGCACGAUUGACUCAGUCACAAUUUAAUCUUGGUUCAGAAUCUGGUGGUAAUGAGUCCGAUAACAGCACGGAAGAGCCCUUAUCAAUUUCAUCUAAUUCACAUUUAGUGAAAGACCCUUCUUUACGGGAGAAAUUUUCAAGGAGAUUGAAUGAUAGCAUAGAAAAACCAUUCCUGCGCGAAGGAAUAAGGAACAGCUUACAGUCUCCAAGGCGCGAAGAGGCGACGAAUUCGCGAAGAAACAGUAUGCUAGGAUUAGAACCCCCGGAUGUGACCGGCAGCAGUCUAACACUUGGAACAGCGGGAAGUCGAAGAACUGUUUAUUUAAUAGACGAAAAUCAGAAAAUAUCCGAAACGGGGUCCAAUAAUACAUCCGAUGCCCCAACCCCAACCAAUAAUCCAAAUGAAAACCAAUCUACGUAUCUAAUAUAUAAUCGAAUCAAUACAAUGAUUGGUGGCGCUGGUGGAGUGGCGCCCGACAGCCCCCAGCCAAGUGGAAGCAAUGGAAUCAGCAGUCCCCACGCUAUGGCUGAAGACAAAUCAACGACGAGGAAACGAGAAGAGGAGAAAACCAGCAGUAUUUGGUAUGAGUAUGGUUGCGUGUAAUUAUGGGGAAUUAUAUUUUAAUAAUUCGAGCUUGUUUGUAAUAUAAAAAGUAUUAAGUUAGAUGUUUAUAAUUUCGCAUUUGAGGUUUUUAUACGACUUUGUAAUAUUUAGCUGAACUUCUUUCAAAUGCCUGAGAGCGAAUAAAUUUUUGUAUUUGUUACCAAUGAAA